CUGUGCUCAGAGCGACUCACACGUGGAGCCAUGGGCUGCGGGCUACGCAAGAUGAAGCCGACGUCGGAGGAGAACAGUCCGGGGAAGAUCUACUCCACCCUGAAGAGGCCGCAGGUGGAGACCAAGGUGGGCGUGGCCUACACCUACCGCUACCUGGACUUCCUCAUCGGCAAAGACGGUGGGACGUCCACUCUGCACCUCUCGUCCGUGCGGGAGCUGCCAUGUCAGCUGCAGGAGCUCUACCAGCAGGGCUUCGUCCUGGCGGCGGUUCACCCGUUCGUCCACCCCUGUGGACCAGAAUCGAACAGCCCGCCGCACCAGCUCUACCGGGCCAUACUGGUCCGACUCAACGACGGGGCGGAGAGGAGCCAGCCGGCGUGCCCACCGUACAAACUGCAGCUGGAGGAGUGUCUGACUGCCGGCCAGGUGCCCACCCCUGAGCUCAUCCAGGGCUAUGUCAAGAAGCAGAUCCAGGAUGCCGCUGACCAGGGGGUGAAGUUUAUUGGAUUUGUCCAGGAGCCCUACGGGGCCCCAUGCACCACCAUCAGAGAACCAGACACCCCCUCCCUCUCCCUGCACUCCAGCCCCAGCUCGCUGCUCGGUUCCUUGGGCAGCUGCAGCCCCUCGAACCCCUCGAGUCCCACGAACCACGCAGAACCCGUAGCUGAGGCCAAGAUGGCUGCGGACAAAGAGGGAGGCGGGGAACCCUCGUGCGAGGCCCUGGAAGGAGCUCAGAGCGGGGGGGAGAAGAAUCACAGCGAGAACACUGGGAACCAUUCGGGGAGCCGGGUGGGAGGCGAGGGCUCGCCUGCUACGUCUCCGGUGUCAGAGCUGGAGGUGGAGCUGAGGGAGGAGAACUCGCCGUGUCACAAUAACAACAAAGAUGGUGGCACGGAGACAAAGGAGCGGCCGAGGUACCGGCAGCGGAGAGGAGACGGGGCGGAGCUGCUGGCCCUGUACAACCACCCCCCCGUGCGAGAGGGCCAGGUGAAGUACUACACCGUCAAGGUGCCGCUCCGCGUCCAGAACUGUGACGAGGGCGUCAAGGGCGUGGAGGCCAACUGGCUGGACCACAUGACGCAGCACUUCAACAACGGAGCCUCGCUGGUGGACGGAUACUUCCACCUGGGCAACGCCAACAAUUUGCUGCCGAAGUCGGUGGAGAGCGUGUUCAUCUUCCAGGAGGCGAGCGAGGGUGAGCAGAACGCGGCCGCUCAGACGUUUGACGCCAUCGUGGUGGAGCAGUGGACCGUCAUCGAUGGGCUGCAGGUGAAGGCUGAUUAUGUUCCCCUGCUUCAGUCUCUCGCUACGUACGGCUGGAGACUCACAUGCGUGCUGCCAACUCCUGUAAUCAAGACCAACAGUGAUGGAAGUCUGUCCACCAAACAGAUCGUGUUCCUGCAGAGACCCGUGUUGGGCCGAAAGAGGAGGGAAUCCAAGAAACUGAUCUUCAAGCCCCGAAGCAAGUCCAACAAGAACUGCAUCAAAGACACGGCGAAGAACAAGAAGAAGAAGAAAACAAAAAGCGAGAAAGAUGCAGAGGAUCCUAAGAUUAUUGACGACGGAGAGAAGGCUGAGAGAGAGGAGGAGAAGAGCAGGGAGGAAGGGGAGGACCCGGCAUACGGAGAUGAGGUGAGAGAAAGUGGGACACUGGAAGAAAGGGAAUCGAGGUGUGAAGAAGAUGGAAAGAUUGAUGACGGGAUUGAGAUCAACGUAGAGACUGUAGAAUUGAAAGAUGGAGGAACGGAGAGGAAAGACAAAGGAGCAGGAAAUGUCUCAGAAGAAGGAGAAGAAGGAGAAGAAGAAAAAGAAACAUUGAAUGGAGAGGGAUCAGAAGAGAAUGGAGAGCCUUUAGAAAAGAGAGACGUCCGGGAAGUGGCAGAAACUGUUGCGACUGUGGAAACAGAGAAUGAGACCAAAGAGCACGAGGACACGGGCGGAGCAGAGGUCGAAGCUGUGAUGGAAAACGGCGUGGAGGCGGACGAGGAGCGAGACGAGGGCGAGGAGGAGGAGGCCAUCAAACGCAAGGCGGAGGAACCGGCCGGUGUGGAGGUUAGCGCCAAGGAGAUUGUGGCAGAUUCGCUGACCAAUCAGAGCCCAGAGGAAACUCAAGAGUAGCCCCAAGUCGAGGUUUUAUUCCCCAGCCCUACCUCUCAAAUCCCCCCCUCUCCUCCAAUCCUUAGAUCUGGUUCACAGCGUUGUCCCUGAUCCAAAUUAACGGGGCGUCGAUCCCCAUCGCUGCAGCAUUGUCCAAACCUGCCCCCCUCCAACCUGCCAAAGUGUAGCUUCAGACAGAUUUCAUGUGAUCGCAGACAUCAGUCCUACUGCACAACCACACAUACUGAAUGUAUAUAUCAUUAACAGGCAGGGCUGAUGCGUGAGAGUCAAAGUGGAGUCACUGGAGUAACUGGACUAGGACCAACGAAAACAUCUGCAAGUGAGCGACAUCUUGAAAAUUUAAAAACCUGGUCACAUCCGAACCAAGAACAGCAGUGAAAUCAGUAGUUGAUCGGUUCUCAGGGUCAAAGUCCUUUAGGAUUAAUUCAAAGUUCAAAUUCAAAAGAAGAAUAGUUUGCAGACGGAUAUGAGACAGGAGUUGGUACAAAUUUCUUGAAGAAGCUAACGUGAGCUACUUUUCUCAAUAGCGACAAAAGCUAAUUUGCUAGUUAGUCCUAAGAACUUUUUUUUAAACCACUUAAAGAAUUAAAGAAAAGAUGUGAAACUCCUAAAACUGCUUGAAGGACGUCAAUGGCUCAAUAAGCAGAAAAAACAUGGUUGAAUUAUUAAGAGUACUUUUUGCUAGCAUGUUAGCAGUUAGCUCUCCAGAUACAGAAGUUUAACUUCUAGCCAUGCAAAGAGACGCUCAGUCCAUUCAAGUUAUUUCUGGUGUGGCCUGGUCUUUAUAGACGGGGUCAGGGACAUCACAUCUAGUCAAUAAAGUUUGAGAACUCACCCUUUCCCCCGUCAGCUUGUAAUACCCAGACAUGGCAUCUACAUUACGAGAGGUACCCGACAGCUUGUGCAGCUCUGUCCAGUUUCUUAAGAUGCAGAAAGACGAGUCAGGAAGAAACCUUGACCAGACACAGGCCUGCCUCAUCCACACGACAUCCACAUGACGUAAAGCCCGGGGGGGAGGGGGGGAAGUGUCCCGCGUGAUCACAGACUGUUUCUCCUCGGUUCUGUGCACCACCAGUCAGCUGUGCUGUGGAGGGAACUCGGGAGGAGGAGGACGCUGGCAGAGGUGGUGGGAAAGGCGUUUGUUGCGACAGGCAAUCCAAAGUAGGGUGAAGAGAUAAUUGUUUACGCCGAGCUCUAAGCCGUCAAGUGCUUCAAAGAGAGCCGAUAAUCACUCUUUGGUGCGCGGUGUGCUGAGCUCACCUUGCACACAGAAUGUUCCAUAAUUCAAAGCCAAGCUAGAUAAGGAUGUGAAAUUCAGCUGAAUGUUUGCGGCUCAAGGGCAGAACUCGUAUUUACACUCACCUAGUUUGUUUUACGCGUGGGGGGGCUAGGAUUUAUUUCUACGCAAAGUUGCAUUUUUAAUUACAUCUCCAGUCAAAGGCCACGGAUAAAAAGUGCGGACACAAGGGUUAAGCUGCGUGGUCAGAGUCGGACUCACUCCCAGCUUAGAGAUCGAGUGGGGGAGACAAAGGAGGAGGCGGAGAGUGAAAGAAAUAAAGACCCGAGAGAAUAAGAGCGUCAAAUAAAAGCAAUGAAUAGGCUCAUUUGAAGAAACAUCCCACAUCCCCCCCCACAGAGAUUGCCUUCAUUAUUUCACCUCCAGCUCGGAGUGCACCUCGUACCAGACAUCAUUUCUGACAAUAACCAACUCAUAACCGAGUCGUUUCCAUUUAAGAGAGGCGAAAUGUGAGGAAGGGAGGUGGCACCGUUCACCGUGCUGAGAACUCAUUAGUUCGCUAAUGGAUUCUGCUAGUGGGGUAUCUGUCAGGAAUCAUGCAUUUAUAAUGGAGGUCACUUAUUAGGGGGGGAUGUAUUGAUGGCAAAAUUAUAAAAAGAAAAAAUGCCUUUAGAUUUGACUGUAACGUCACCGAAGCAUCGUUUGCACUGCGGAGGACUUUGAGUUUAAAAAAUGCUGAAUUCUUUGCGGAGAUAUUUUCCACACCUCAGAAAAAUACGUGCGAAAAGCUGUUUAUUGAAACGUUAGCAUUCGGAGUUAAUCCAGAAUUAUUCUGUCUCGCUUUUAUCAUUUGGAUCUUUUGCUUCAUGAGGACGGAUGAUACCUUGACGAAGAUGAAACUCUUCAAUUACACAUAUUUACGAGUGAGAUUGAUCAAGCUGAAUAAGUGCUCUCUUUUUUUUGGGGGGGGGGGGGG